AUGGAGCAAGCUCAAGGUCUACAACGACUGGCGACACAGGCUGUGCUUCUGCAAUCAGUGUUACCGUUGUGCAUGCUUAGGACAAGGUUGCCGAGCGGCCCUCUCGCCAGGUGCUGCAUUCAUUCGUCAAAGACCCGGCUGUUUCGUGUUCUGCUCUCCUACUCGCCCUCCACGGCGCAGCAGCUGUUGCUGGCUGUCCACAGCCGUGUUGACAAGUCGACACGGCUCGUCCGGGGGUUGAGUUGGGGUCUCAAUAAGCGGCCCACAAAGGACAGACCCCAGACCAGCCUCGGUGCUCUUGGUCUCGUCGUAGUUAGCGUUCUGUGCCUCGAUACAGGGGAGAUAAGUAGGUCAGGAGUUGCUGAGACAGCCGAGUUUGCUGCUGAGCUGAGCGAACCUUGCCCGAUGGAACCUUCGAGUAAAAAGCGAAAGCUGGCUCCUAAGGUCAACACGACUCCUAGCAAGCCGCCGCCGCCAACACAAUUCCCUCACGAAUCGAGACAGACCGAACGUCACCCAUACACUGACGUUUCUGUGUUACUAUUAAGGUGGGAAGAAGACGAGUCUGUUGAUGAAGACCUGGCUGCACUCGAGCAAGUGUUUCAGAAGCACUACAAAUACCGAACUGAGCGAUGGCACAUUCCCACAGUACCGAACCCUAGUAUUAAGCUUGGAGUUCAGAUUGCCUCUUUUCUCGAGAACGCAAGAGCCAAUCACCUGCUCAUUAUCUACUAUGCUGGCCAGGGCUACGUAAGCUCUGAUGGCCAGCUUUUUUGGGCUUGUAAUGCACGAGAAGAUGCUGCAAAACUCAAAUGGGAUGGCGUCCGUUGCCUGUUCGAGGAUGCCCAGUCCGAUAUCCUCUUGUUGUUGGACACAUGCGCUGUACCGGAUCCUCCCAUGGCCGGUAGCCACGGCGUGAAGCAAGCCAUAGCAGCCUGCACAUCCGAUCGUAGCCCAGACAGUACAGAACGCUCCUUUACGUCAAAUUUGGUCGAGGCGCUGCAAAAGCUCAGUAGUGGGCGCCCCUUUACGACACAGAAGCUCCACGAGGAAGUGUUAUCGCUGAAGCAGCAGCAGCAACUGGUUCAGACUCCCCGGCAAACGAAUGGCAGUACCUCGAAUACACAUUCGUCCCCACAUUAUCCGGUUUUUAUGCCCCUGACACCUGGAAAGGGCCAUAGUAUUGCUCUUGCGCCAAUGCCCACCAGACCUCGUUCAGAAUCACAGAACGGAGUCGACACAGAGGGCCAAGGGAACCGCGAAGAACAGCUCAUUGACCCAGAGUCAGUUGUUGACCUUAGGUUUGAAGAGCACCGUGUCCUCGUUUGUACAACCUUUGUUGGUGAUGCUAGCCCAGAUAUGUCCUUUUUCUCCCAAUGGCUCCAAAGCACACCGCCCCUUGGCGACAAAAUCGCCGUGGAAGGCAUGUUCCUUGGACCGCCGACAAUGCUCCUUAUCUCCAUGCCCCACUCCAUUUGGAACGUGGUGCAGCACGACAAAGUUUGUUGCUUCUUGGGGUACAUAAGCUCUCACAACAUGAUUCACUUGUAUCACAGACUUGUAGGUUCUUCUGGUAUCAAGCCAUCUGCAAGAGAAGUCGAGGAUGGCCGAAUUCUUCUAGAGGCAAGGGACCACGCAUAUGGAACGCCUGCACGUGUUCGACGAGACGAAGGUCACGAUAUCACUUUCCAUUCUCCGGCCGUGAGGGAAACGCCCAAUUCUGUAGAGCGAAAGGAGCAUCUUCCACAAACUAGUCCUUCAGCCCCAUCGUAUGCGAACCCAGCAGGUGGACAUGGCAAACCGAAAGACGAAGUGGAGGACUCUGCGGAGAUGCAGGAAGCCGCUGAGCAGUUGAAGGCCUUAAGCCACGUUCGGCAUCGAAGCGACGAAACUCAAAAUAUCAACAGGCCGCGCACGAUUCUUCCUGACGGAAUGCCUGACAUAAGACCUGAGGGCGAGACUGAGGAGCAUAGUAAUGAUGAUCCUUUGGCAACACUUCGCAAUGCCAAUGCAGCAGCCAAGCCGCCACGACGGUCGCUCCCCAAGCAGGACACGCGUUGCAACCACUGCAGUCAUGCUCCUUUCAAGGAUUCAUCUUCAUUGAGGAAACACAUUGCUGCGGCCCAUACAAGGCCGUUCCCAUGUGCGUUCUCAUUCGCUGGUUGUACCAGCACUUUUGGCUCCAAGAACGAAUGGAAGCGACAUAUUGCAUCUCAACAUCUAUGUCUGCAGUACUAUCGUUGUUCAUCCUGUCCCCAGAGCACGGCCGAAGGCAAGGGCAACGAGUUCAAUCGCAAAGACUUGUUCACUCAACACUUGCGACGAAUGCAUGCACCUUUUCAGAUUAAGAGAGCGAUUGCUAAGGGCGAUAGUAAACUACAAUCUGAGUGGGAUACGCAUGUGAAGGACAUGCAGGUGUCUUGUCUCGUUCAGCGUCGGUUACCACCGCAGCGCUCAGCAUGCCCAAAGCAAGGCUGCCAGAGCAUCUUCGAAGGCCCAUCGUCGUGGGACGAAUGGACCGAACAUGUUGGUCGGCACAUGGAGAAAGGCGAAGGUGGCAGGCUUGGAGUUGAUGGCCUUCUGGCCCAGUGGGCACUGGAUGAGGGUAUCAUUGAGCGUAAGCCUGAUGGCGAAUACCGGUUGUCGGCAAGCAACGGUAUGGGAGGCGGCGGGCUUACUGGGGGUAUGAGUGGCAGCAGCGCAGCUGUUCCCCCUGUCUUUGAACAGAAAGAGUCGACUCUGACAUCAACAUCGACACUGGAACCCUCACAGCCGGCAGAAGAAUCCUUGAUCAUGGAUACAAAGCCUUCAGAAGACAGGAUGGAGGUUGACACUCCAGAGUGA